AGGAGAAGUCGUGGUCCUCACCCUCAUCCUCACCCUCACCCUCACCCUCUUCACUCUAAGCUCUUCAAAACUCAAACCCCAAACCCAGAGAUUUAGAGAGAUGGCGAUAGAGGUGAACGCUGUGCCGUUCUCGUACGUGGCGCACGUGCUGGCGAUAGCGGGUGCAGUUAUGGUGUUGGUUUGGUGCAUUCACUUCAGAGGCGGCUUAGCCUGGGAAUCUUCCAACAAAAGCCUCAUCUUCAAUAUGCAUCCUGUUUUGAUGUUGAUUGGACUAAUUAUUAUUGGAGGUGAAGCCAUUAUGAGUUAUAAAUCUCUUCCUUUGAAGAAAGAAGUGAAGAAAUUAAUCCAUCUAGUUCUGCAUGCUAUUGCCCUGAUACUCGGUAUUAUUGGUGUUUAUGCGGCAUUCAAAUAUCAUAAUGAGAGUAGUAUUGCCAAUCUAUACAGUUUACACUCCUGGCUUGGAAUUGGAAUUAUUUCCCUCUAUGGCAUUCAGUGGAUUUAUGGAUUCAUUGUGUUCUUCUACCCUGGGGGAACGGAUGCAAUUAGGAGAGAGUCAGUUCCAUGGCAUGCGUUGUUCGGGCUGUUUGUUUACGUCUUGGCUGUUGGCAAUGCUGCGCUGGGGUUCCUGGAGAAGCUGACAUUCCUUGAGAACUCUGGCGUUGCCAAAUAUGGCUCGGAGGCCUUCGUAGUCAAUUUCUCUGCUGUUAUCACGAUAUUGUUUGGAGCCUUCGUCAUGUUGACAGUUCUUUCUCGGGCUCCACCUGAAGAUGACUAUAGUUACUCUACAAUAUGAAGGCUGAUAUGAUAGGAUAGGAUUUCCUUAUAAGUAUUUUAUUUAUUAUCCAUGUAAGGGUUGCAUUUUUCGGGUGGGUUGUAGUUUUAAGGUGGCAUGGGUGGGUGAUGAUGGGGGUGUAUGUAAUGUAAUAUUACUUGUGUUGUGUGGUGUGGGGAUAAUAUAUAGCUAAACAAUUGUGAUAUUUAUUGAUAGUAUAUAUAAUGAUAUUGUGGGUAGUACUAGUCA